CUUUACUCAAACAGAAUUUACAAGUUUUUAUUUUUAUUUUUUUAUUUUUUAUUUUUUAAAAGGUCUACAAGACAAAGAAAGUAAAACAGAGAGAACCAAAUCCUAUGGCGCUUCUUAUUCUGAGACCUCCUCCUUCCCCUUCGCUUCAUGGCAUUACGCUUCCUCUCACACUCUUCUCUUCACCCUCACUUCCCCUCCUCUUCUUCUUCUUUCUCGUCUUCCUCUCUUGCUCGUCCCUCCCUCUUGUUCAACCCACAACCCAGGACCCAUAUUCCACUGAAGGGCGUUCCUAGCUGCUGUGUAGUUCGAUUGCGGUUGCUUCAAGAGCUUUUAUGUCGUCUACCCCUGGCUCCAAUGCAUAUGGGUCUGAUCAGAUUCAGAUAAGUAAGCUGUCACUCCGACUUAGUUUUGGCUUGAUGCUAUAAUGUCUAACAUGUUCAGGUAUUGGAAGGCUUAGACCCUGUUAGAAAGAGGCCAGGGAUGUAUAUUGGGAGCACAGGACCCAUUUGGUCUAUGAAAUUUUAGAUAAUGCUGUGGAUGAGGCUCAAGCCGGAUUUGCUACAAAGAUCGAGGUUGUUUUACUUGCAGAUGGUUCUGUGAGCAUCGCUGACAAUGGUCGUGGGAUUGUAGGGUUCUGGGGGAGGCCCCAGUUUUGCAGCCAAGUCCAGGAAGUGGGUUUGGGAGGAUUUGUAGAUUCUGACUGAUAUGCACCCAGCAACCAAGAAAUCUGCUCUCGAGACUGUGUUGAUGGACCCAUAUUCCACUGAAUGGCGUUCCUAGCUGCUGUGUAGUUCGAAAUGCGGUUGCUCCAAGAGCUUUUAUGUCGUCUACGCCUGCAACCGAGGCUUUUCAAGGCAGCUCUGGUUCCAACGCUUAUGGGUCUGAUCAGAUUCAGGUAUUGGAAGGCUUAGACCCUGUUAGAAAGAGGCCAGGGAUGUAUAUUGGGAGCACAGGACCUCGUGGUCUUCACCAUUUGGUCUAUGAAAUAUUAGAUAAUGCUGUGGAUGAGGCUCAAGCCGGAUUUGCUACAAAGAUCGAGGUUGUUUUACUUGCAGAUGGUUCUGUGAGCAUCGCUGACAAUGGUCGUGGGAUUCCGACUGAUAUGCACCCAGCAACCAAGAAAUCUGCUCUGGAGACUGUGUUGACGGUUUUACAUGCUGGUGGCAAAUUUGGUGGUUCAAGUAGUGGGUAUAGUGUCUCUGGUGGAUUACAUGGUGUGGGUUUAUCCGUCGUCAAUGCCUUGUCUGAGACAUUGGAAGUCACUGUUUGGCGUGAUGGAAUGGAAUAUCAACAAAAAUAUUCUCGUGGAAAGCCUGUGACAACUCUAUCUUGUCAUGUGCUUCCAAUUGAAUCCCAAGAUCGGCAAGGAACGCGCAUCAGAUUUUGGCCUGACAAAGAAGUAUUCACAACUGCUAUUCAUUUUGACUACAACACAAUAGCUGGACGAAUUAGGGAGCUAGCUUUUCUAAACCCUAAUCUCAUGAUCACUCUUAGACAAGAGGAUACAGAUCCAGAGAAGAACCAUCACAAUGAAUACUUUUAUGCAGGGGGUUUGGUUGAAUAUGUGAGAUGGCUAAAUACUGAUAAGAAACCGCUUCACGAUGUGGUUGGCUUUAGAAAAGAAGUGGAUGGAAUCACUAUUGAUGUAGCUCUCCAGUGGUGUUCUGAUGCAUAUUCAGAUACAAUGCUAGGGUAUGCUAAUAGCAUACGCACUGUUGAUGGAGGAACCCAUAUUGAUGGAACAAAGGCUUCAUUAACAAGAACUCUUAAUAGCCUUGGGAAAAAGUCCAAAAUUAUCAAGGAAAAGGAUAUCACUUUGAGUGGUGAGCAUGUAAGAGAAGGAUUGACAUGCGUUAUCUCAGUCAAAGUUGCCAAUCCGGAGUUUGAAGGCCAAACAAAGACUAGGCUGGGAAAUCCAGAGGUGCGAAGAGUGGUUGAUCAAUCUCUUCAAGAGUAUCUUACAGAAUACUUGGAGUUGCAUCCAGAUGUACUGGAUUCAAUCCUUUCAAAGUCUUUAAAUGCUCUCAAGGCAGCUCUGGCUGCAAAGAGGGCAAGGGAACUAGUCAGACAAAAGAGUGUUUUGCGAUCCUCUUCUCUACCAGGAAAACUAGCUGAUUGCUCAUCAACAAAUCCUGAAGAAUCUGAAAUCUUUAUAGUGGAAGGAGAUUCAGCUGGUGGAAGUGCAAAACAAGGUCGUGAUAGGCGCUUUCAGGCCAUUCUUCCACUGAGGGGUAAAAUUCUGAACAUUGAAAGGAAGGAUGAGGCAGCAAUGUAUAAAAAUGAAGAGAUUCAAAAUCUAAUUCUUGGUCUUGGACUUGGAGUAAAGGGAGAGGACUUUAAGAAGGAGGCUCUACGAUACCAUAAGAUUAUAAUCUUAACAGAUGCUGAUAUAGAUGGUGCUCACAUCCGUACUCUGCUUUUGACAUUUUUCUUCAGAUAUCAGAGAGCCUUAUUUGAUGAGGGCUACAUAUAUGUUGGCGUUCCACCCCUUUACAAGGUUGAGAGGGGAAAGCAAGCAAAAUAUUGCUAUGAUGAUGCUGAACUUAAAAUGCUCCAGAGUUCCUUCCCUCCAAAUGCAUCUUAUAACAUUCAGAGGUUUAAAGGCCUAGGGGAAAUGAUGCCCGCACAGUUAUGGGAAACAACAAUGAAUCCUGAGCAAAGGCUUCUGAAACGAUUAGGGGUUGAGGAUGCUGCUGAGGCCAACAUUGUCUUUUCGUCCCUUAUGGGUGCUCGGGUGGACUACCGGAAAGAACUCAUAAAGAAUUCUGCAAGCAUGGUCAACCUUGAUCAAUUAGAUAUUUAAGGGAGCCACUAAUCCAGAGAAGACGAGUUGUGAAACUGUUACCAGUUUGCAGACAAGCAGAAACUCUUAUCACAGUUAUCAAACAAAGGUUUUUUUUGUUGUAUUUUUUGAUGUACGGACUUGCUCCCUUUUAGCGGGCAGGUUGCUCCAUAGUGGGGCAGAGUUUAGGUAGGGUUUUAGAGGUUUUGUUAUUUAGUGUAGAGAAUGCUGUUUACUUUUAUAUAUGAUUUAUAUUAUUUGCAUUGGCAUGGCCAACUGUUCAAUUUCUUGAAAUCUUAUUAUUUAUUCAAAUGUUGCGAAAUGCGGGUAGAUGAGGCUCAAAAAUAUAUUGGGAUGGCAAUGAAGAUUUGAAGGCCAUAGAUUGAGGAUGUGGUAACUUAUGGUUUAUUGAUUUUCUA